AUGCUCGACAUAAUUGAGGUAUUUCGGAAUAUUCUAUUCCAAAACAAGGGGGAGAACCUACGAGAACUUCUAGUGCAGGCUACUAUUCAUGGGUUUAGCUCAACUCGACCGGGGUUGGUUUAUUCCACCAACUCAAAUACCUUUACUACUCUUCUUGACUCUUCUUCGUCUCUUCUGAAUACGACCGCUAACAAACGGGAUGGGUCGGGGAACAGCAGCGGUGGAUGUGGGAGGACCAGCGGUCGAUUAGAGAGGAACAAGGGUGGGAGGGUCACGGAAACAAAAAAAAAUAUGAGUGCAGCUGGCGAUGGUUACGGUGCCGACCACCGGAGGGUGCAGCAGUGGCGUCCCGCUAUUACAAACAAUGGAUGGAAAUUGCCCAAGCAAUAUCGCAGUAAACGUAUUAGAUAUCGUGGUCAAAGCAGGAAGAGCUGGGCUCUGUUGUUCAAGGUCAAUGUAUUUAUAGAGAAAGUGAAACUCAAGUUGAUCUAUGUGAGAAAGGAUGCUAAAUUGCUGAUGAUCAACGGAUGCGAUGAAGGAGGCACUAUUGAUCGAGGGGUAAAGCAUGGAAUGUUGAUGCAAAAAAAGUUGUUUGUCAUCACAAUAUAGCUGAAGCAUUUUUAAGGCUUAUGCCUAAUAUCUGUUCUUGGUCUAAAAUGCAGCCCCGUUGAACCACUUUUUGUCUCUGUAUCACCAUCCAAAAGGUAGUAUCUGCUGACUAUAUUGUUCAUGAUUUGCACCAAGUUUCCAAAAAUCCCACCUCUUACUUCAACUAUUAUCUAGAGUAUUAACAAUUGUAUGAAAACUAUUUUAUAAUCCCACUAAUGGCACAUUUGUUGUAACAUGACAACAACGUUUACCAAA